AGGUAGGAUAUUGAACACGAUAUCCAAUCCUCGUUCAAAUCACAAUUUCAACCCCACUUUCACAACCUUCUUGAAGCCCUCGUCUCCACUUUUACCAUUUUUACGUUGUAUUCACAUUGUUAGGUUUCGUCUUGCACGUGUUCAGCACGAGCUACUACACCUACGACCAGUAAAUACUACGUGCAAAAAAUUUUUUUCUUGUUCUGGUUCUGCACUUCGUUGUGCACCAGGUCCACCAAGACUCCAGCACCGUCGUCGUCUGUGCAACAAGAACUUCUUUUGCAGGACUUCUACGCGAGCACGUCGCCCCCUGGUGUUAAUUACUUCUCUUAGUGUCCUCGUCCUUUUUCGUAGAAGUUUUCUACUAACUAGAAGAACUCCACGGAACAAGGGAUACAGAAUCACUACAACAACUUCAGCCAUCAACUGUCGCAAGAGGAACCCUCUAUGCAUGUGACGGCCAACGAGCAGCACCGACUUCUACCGAAAGCAAAGUAGUGUUUUUUUCUACAAAGACACUACUAGCAAAAGUAGCUUGCUGUACCACGGUGCAAGCACUUCGACGACCAACGUCUUCCGGCGCGAAAAAGUUGAUGCUCGAGAAGGUGACCCGGUCCCGGCAGCUUUCUCGCUCCAAGUCCGCGCAAGCAAUGAUGUCAACAAGUGGAACCCCGUCCGGGGUUCAUCCGGAAGAGAUGUCCGGCGAGGAGCUGCGGACCCAGUCCUGCAAGUGGAAGGCGACCUUCAUUCCUGAGUACAUUUAGAUUCUACUUUUGAGGCAUUUUUUUGGGGAAUUCACCGAGCUUCGCAAGAAAAUCAAAAUGCUGGCCUCCACACAUAUGAAAAAAAACAAAAACGACGAGAUAUUGAUGACUUACAGAGCACGAUGUGUAGUCAACACUGAAGCAAGUAGGUCAUUGGUUGAAUGCAGAUAAUUACUAAUAAAUAUCUUGUUUGUGGUGCUCGUGCUGGAUCCUCGGAUCCUCUUCUAGGCGGAUGUAGACUUGAAAUCUGUGGAUUUGGGUUCUUAUUUGACAAAACUUGACUUUAGGUCGGCCCCGGAUGAAGGACGAGAUCAACCACCGAAACAUGAGCCCUUGUUUGCCCCCCGCCUCGGCGAAGUACAAGAAUCCUCCUGCAUUGCGAAGCACAAGCAGGGGAUCGAUUUUGAAGCGUCAACCACUGCGACUGAGACACGAUCGUCCUGGACUCCAUCUACUACGAGCGCCGCGUUGCGGAUGAGCGCGAGGAAGAAAAAGAAGAUGAAGGAGGAAAUCGAAAUGAAUUGUCAAAAACAACACAACUCUUUCCCCUCAGCUAUCGGCCAAACUGCUCCGACGCGGCCGAGCGAGGAACAACGUGGGGGACCUCCGUCGUUCUUCGCGAUGAGGAUGAGCAGCGGGAUUUCAUCACUAUUGGGGCCAUCAACGAAGACAUCCUGUUUGUCCACGACAUCCAGCAUGAGAACCAGGCCAACCUCCCCCGCCCGGCGCUUCUUGUUUUCGCGCAAAAUGAACUUCGUUUCCGCCGCUACUGGAGCGGUACUGAAUUUCAGUGGCGCGACCUCUAUCCAAGAAAAUCUUCACGGCAGCUCGUGUAGUUCUUGGAAUAAAUGCAAUAAAGCUGCCUGUAACAGCUUGUGAAGAAUUUGAAUUGUUCCACCUCUUUUAUUUUCGAAGAAAACUGUGACCUCUACUACAAGGCAUACUCCGUAGUUGCUUCAUCUGGCGGGUUAUGUUGUUGUGGACGUAGAAAAGCUAUAUUAUAAUGCUCGACUUGAAAAAUUAGCCAACGUGACGAAAGAAAGGCUGCUUUUUCGAAGUAGAUUUAAUUACUGCACAAGCUCCAAGAUCUACUUCCGAUGAGAUUUUCGCUUUGAUGCCCUUUGUUCGUGGUACCUACCUCCACCUACUACUGCCCGCCAGCACUGAUAUGUUCUUCACAACCAGACUGGGAGUGGAGGCUGUGCAGCCGGACAAGAUGAAGAACUACAAACAAACUGCGGACGAAGUAGAAGAAAAGCAGAGCAACGCCGGCUUCGAGCUUGGCUGCUUCGGCGGCGACGGUUCGCGCUUGGACGUGGAAAAAUGCAGCGACAGUAUCCAAGAAAAAAACUGUACUUAUAUAGUGUGAGUCUUUUGGGAAAACAGCAUCACAAGUUUGUCUGCCAUGACAGGAAAACUUUUUAUGCGCAGAUAGGAAGGGAAAACACAUAGGAAGCGGGCCGAAGCCGAUCAUGCAUGUCGAGCAUGACAAGUGUAACUGUUUUGCAUUUUCUGCAUCACAGAUUUACGCUUACACAGUUUUUGUCUUGCAUAGACAAGUGGGUGGACGACGACCUUGACGAGCAGUCGGUGUUUGACCCAGAAACCGUGGCUUCGAUUUUUGGUGCGCUGGAAAAAGACGCCUUGACUUUGCCUUCGGGAGGAGUUAGCAGUCUUCAUGGAGUAGAUGAUGCUGUCGAUUCGAUGAAAAAUGGCGCAAGCGCGGAUGGCCCGGCGAGUGCGGCGCUGCAAAAGCAAGAAGAUGACGCCUUGGCUCUACUGCCCGCAGCGGACAGCAAGAACAAUGAAGAUGAUCAUUCCACGCCGAAAAAUGAGGCGAGCGCAGAUGGCCCGGCGAGUGCGGCGUUGGAAAAACAAGACUCCUCCCCUCCGCCCGCAGCCAGCGAUCAUGGAGAUGAUGAUGCCAUGCCGAAAACGGCCACGCACGCCGCGAGCGCCGACGAAGCCCAAAGAAAUGCUGCAAAAUCCGCACUACAAAAAGAAGACACGACCUUGGCUCCGCCCGCAGCCAGUAGUCAUGGAGACGAUGAUACCGGUUCGAAAAAUGCUGCGAGCGCGGACGUCGAGCCAGGAAAUUCGGCGUUACAAAAAAGAGCCUUGGAGGGGGCAGCUCCUCCCACAGCCAACAAGAAGAACUUUGGAGAUGAUGAUGCUGGGUCGAAAACUGGGGCGGGCGCGGACGAGGCUGCGAAGCCAGCAUUACCAGAAAAGCAAGACACCAUGGCUCCGCCUGCAGCCGGCAGUCAUGGAGACGAUGACGCCGAUCCGACCACUGGUGCGCAAGCAAGCGCGGACGAUGCAGAAGCUACUGCGAAUUCGGUGCUACAAAAACAAGACGGUAUGGCACCGCCCGUGGCCAGAAGUUACCAUGGAGGCGAUGCCGGGUCAAAAACCGAUGCGAGGGGCGCGGGUGAACCUAACACGAAUUUGGCGUUACAAAAGCAGGACAGCGGCAAACGCAAACCGGACGUUGACGAUGAUGAGUUUUCGUUUUACCCAGAACCCGCGGCCCCGAUUGCUUCGGUACAAAAAGACACCUCCGUGGCUUCGCCAGCAGCCAGCAAUGCAAACCAGGGAAAUUAUGGUGAUGCAGAGUCCAAAAAUGGUGUGCGCGGGGGCGUGAAUGUUGACGAUCCGGUAAACUCGGCUUUGCAAAAACAAGAUCAAGACACCCUUGCGCCACCAGCAGCCGGCAGCCAAAAUGAUGAUGCGAAGUCUAAAUAUGGUGAGCGUCCGGGCGCGGAUGGCGAUCCGGCACACUCGGCGUUGCAAAAACAAGGCACCUUGGCGGCGCCAGUAGCCAGCACCAGCCAAAACCAGGGAAACGAUGGUGCAAAAUCCAAAGAUGCCGUGCGUUCGAGCGCGGAUGAUGAUCCUGCAACUGCAAACUUUUCGGCACUACAAAAACGAGACACCUUGCCCUCAGCGCCGCCAGCAGCCAGCCACCCUGGGGAUGAUGAUGCGCAGGAGCGGCCGAGCAAUGGCGCGCGCGCGGGCACGGACGACGAGCCGAUUCGAAGUAACUCGGCGUUGCAAAAAGACACCUUGGCGCCGCCUCAAGCAGCAGGAAGUGGCAAUGGAGGCGAUGGUGCCAACAGUGGCGCGGGCGGAGCAAGAACCACGCAGCCAGUGGCCCCCAGCUCAAAGAAUUUUGACCGUGACAACGACCAGUGCUGCGGGUACAAAAACGGAGGCAGCGAAGAAAGCGCUCGUCCUGCUGAUCGUCGACAAGGUGCAGGGCCAGGCGGAGGAGGUGGACGAGGACCUCCUGCGACACCCGUGGCCCACAGUGCGCCUAUUGUAGAAGAAUCUGCAUCAGGACCAGGAGCGAAUGCAGGAGGUGGAGGUGGACGUGCGGGUGGAGGAGCUGCAACCCGUCCCCCACAAGAAGUCGCUGGAGGAGGAGGAGGAGGUGGUGGUCUUCCUGCAGAUCCCGCAACACUGCGGCCGAGCGGAAGGAUAAACGUAGAUGGCGGGGGGCAGGGAGGAGGAGGAGGCGGAGAUGGCGAUGGCGGCGGGAGCCACGGCCUUACUCCAGCUCGUGCUGAUCGUGUUGGUGAUGAUCCUUUUUUAUUUCCAGCGGCCGGGGACGAGGUGCCACCGGAAGAGCCGCAAGCUUCAAAAGUGCCAACUUUUCAAGAACAAAAAACAGCUUCAAAAUUGCCAUCAGGAUUGGCAGCCGCAAGUCCAAGUGCGCCUGCGGGUCCUUCAACAAGUGUGCCUGGAGGAGAAGGAGGUGGAGGUAGCCCUCCAGCUUCUCCAGCAGGUGGAGGCGACGGAGCCGAUGUUGGUGGUGGCGGUGACGGAUCUGCUGCAGCAGCAGCAAGUUCGCCAGGAGCAGAAGCUGCAGUAGAAAGUGCCAGCUUAUCUCGGCCGCAGGGGCAAGAACAACCAAAAAUUUACAUAAUGGGAACUGGUGAUUAUACGGAAUCGGAGGAGCCCACAUUUAUGGAACGACGGUACGCGGCCUGGAGCUCGGGUUAUGAAAGACCGUUUCGCCCAGCCAAAGACGCGCCGCUCUCUCCUUUUGGAAAGCAACAGGCGAAGGCAGCUGGGGAAAGAUUCGCUGCGCACGUUCAAAGCAAAAGGAAAGAACACCACGAGUCGAGCCAGGUCGUGGUCGAUUCCGGGACUGUUUUCAUCUGCUCGCCAAUGCUUCGCUCUCUGCAAACUCUGGACUUUUUCCUGCAGGGCGCGGAGCCAGGCUUGCUUUUUCCCGAAAAGCGUCCUCGAGCGGAAGAGAAGAAGAAGAAGAUACCGCGCAUAUUUUUCGCUCCGGAGCUGCGCCCAAUAGGUCACGACACUUACCCUGUUAACAACAAGGGCACCCCGUUUGGAGAUUGGUACAACUUAUAUGCAUCACCUUUUCACAACAUUCGGUUCUUGGCGGGUUGGCGCCAAGGCAAAUAUCCAUACGCUGAAUUUUACGGCCCGCUGGAAACUAAUCCCUGGACGGCACAUGCUGCAGGAAGAAUUGGCGAAGACGCUGGGGUAUUCUUCCAGUUUUUGCGGGACCUAGUGGCAGUACCCGCGACCACGGAUGCUAAGGCUAUCGACGAGCGCGCAGCCAGGCUAUCGGGCUUGCACACGAUUCUGAUCGUCACCGACCCGGUCUUCCUGGACGCGAAAGGUGGUACCUGGAAAGAUGGUUCCAUGGGUUUUGACAAUCUAAACGGAGUCGAUAUCAAUAGAGAAAGGACACUAUUAUAUUACCUCAGCUUCAUGCCACAGAGAAGCGCGUAGUGAAUGUCGAGCUACGAAAGCACGAAGGACUUUCACAGGCCGAAACGCCGGUAAAGGCUGGAGUUUUUCGGAGAGAGUUCUCGUCUAAAUAGCAUUUCUAUGCCGCAGGCGCAGCUACUUCCAGCGUGGUCCUCAGUAUGUCAAUAGAUACAAUGAAUGACCUACCCUUUUUUUAUGUUUUCCCCUUGCAGAAUCAGGAACCGAAAACCUUGCUUCAUCAGCUUGACAAAGAGCUGCAACAACGUCGGCUUAUCCUUACAGGACGGAAGAUAGCUUGGCUAUGGCAGUAUUAGAAAGAUUGGCCGUUAUCUAUAUCUGUGGCCAUCAAUAAUAAAUAUGCAUCCCGUAUGAGUAAAAAAUCUAUCGCAUCCCCGCGACAGGAUCUAUUCGAGUGAGAGCCUUGGUCGCAGUGUGGCAGGGGUGGACGAGGGAAUAUUUUUCAUUCCCAUAAUAAAGUUGAAGGAUUUUGAUGGGACGCCCUUUUCUCGAAAGGAGAUCAACCUGCUCGACGUCUCUGAGGUUUUCGAGAUCACGAAUCAAGCAGGACUAACAAGGGAAAAGCCGACUUGUCAGGCGCUUUGGCCCCUCAUGCCGAAGCGCAUCCUUCUAAUAGGUACUGGGGAAUUUGAAAGAAAUUCUGUAAAUGCAGUCCCCGAUCCGCCACUGACCACCGAGAAUAGUAAGACGUGCCCGGCGGGCGCGGGCGCGGGCGCACGGGACGAAAAGCCGAGGAGAACGCCCGAAGUCAUGACCGGUUGCAUGGGUGAAGCGAUGACCAGGAAAGCCGGGAAAAAUUUUGUGACGGAGUACGUGCAGAAGACGUUGCAUGAGGAUCCGGAAACGUUUUUCAAGGAUGUGAUAUUUUUCGUGUCCCCGAUGUUGCGUGCGAUGCAGACUCUGGAUUCUUUUUUGCUGGGGGCCGACGUCCCAGACUUCACGUCCGAAAAUAGGAAAAAACAAAAAGGCGGGGCGUUGCCGAAAAAUAAAAUCAGACUGAUUUCUGAGUUGAGGCCAAUGACUUCUCGUCAUGGAAAAGUAGAACCACACGCGCCUCCUGUCAUCGAAAACAUCGGAACCGACUGGUCGGAGUGGAAAAAUCACGAAAAGUUUAAAAGUGUCCGACUCAUCCAAGAUUUUGAUUUUAAUCCAAAUCCAGACGAUCAAACCUUGGGAGGCGAGUUCGCACAAUUUUAUGAUGUAUCUGACAAAAAAAGCUGGAGAGACGGAUAUGAGUGGGCGGGUGUUCCCAUGAUGAAUGACGGGUCGUUCGUUGAAAGUGAAGCCAAUGGGAGUUUCGAUUUUUUCUAUGGUUUUACGGACCGAAUCUUGCAGGACGAAACUUUAUACGGUCGUACCGUCAUUAUCGUCGCGGAGUCGACGUUUCUCGACGGGAGCUAUUAUUUCAAGGAUGGCUGCGAUCCCGCUCCCCGAGAGGAAGAUCCCCGCCGGAUACACUUGAUGGAGCCGAACGGCGUGACGCCGCUGCUGCGGAUAGACCCGCCCGCGCCAGUGUGUCAUUUGAAUGAUUUCGCUGAGACGAUGGUGCUCGAGGUCAUGAAUCUCGGCACGGUCUUCGUGGAAGGGCUACUCGAUGAACACGAUACUCUGCAACUAUCUUGCCGAGCACUAUGGCUUGCGCCAGUUAAGGUGCAGGAUGAGCAUGCUGCUGCACGAUCUUUUCUCGCCCUGCCGCUGCCGGUCUCCCCCGCUGCGACCGGCCCUGCGAGCGCAUCCACGACAGCGGAACACCCCCAUUAA